AUGCACGAGUCGCUAGUGGCGCUAGCAGGGCGGCUGCAGGUGGAGGCGCAGCAGCUGCAGUACCUCAACCUGCGCAAGUACAUCCUCAAGGAGCCCGCCGCGGCCUUCGACCCGCAGCCGGCAAACAACAGUCUGGACCAGAUCCUGAAGGAUGCAGAUGGUUCCAGGAAGAAGUCUAAAACCGGGAUGUCAGAUGUCAGCUUCGGCAGUGCCGUGUUGUCAGAUCCUAGGGUGGCUCUAGGAAACAUAUCGCAGUUGGCUGGACCAACUCCGUUCACAUACUUGGGCAGUGCUGUGUCUCCUUUCCCUGCUGCUGACGCCAGUGGUCCCGGCUGGCAACCGACUCCGCAGUCAGCUCUCGGCACGUCGCUGAACUCCUCACUGGUGCCAGCAGCCGGCGGCUUCCAGCUACAGAAGCCGCCGGGCAAGCGCACCAAGCAAUGAUACUGGCGCUAGGCUCGCCACCGCGACGCCACGCCACGCCACGUCACUUAACUCGUGCGCAGUGGAACACAGACAUUACGCGUUUUACACAGCACCGUGUAUACUUGGAAAAUAGUCAUUUAAACAUUAUCAAAAUAAUCUACGCUGGCGCUUCCAAAUGGAUGUUUUGAACAUCACGUCAGUUGCGUAUUUGUAAGACCGCUCACUAAGUAUCUAAGCAAUGAUACUGGCGCUAGGCUCGCCACCGCGACGCCAUGCCAUGUCACGUCACUUAAUUCGUGCGCAGUGGAACACAGACAUUACGCGUUUUACACAGCACCGUGUAUACUUGGUUGGAAGAUAGUAAUUAAAACAUUAUCAAAAUAAUCUACGCUGGCGCUUCCAAAUGGACGUUUUGAGUAUCAUGUCAGUUGCGUAUUUGUAAGACCGCUCACUAAGUAUCUAAGCAAUGAUACUGGCGCUAGGCUCGCCACCGCGACGCCAUGCCACGCCACGUAACUUAAUUCGUGCGCAGUGGAAAACAGACAUUACACGUUUUACACAGCACCGUGUAUACUUGGAAAAUAGUCAUUUAAACAUUAUCAAAAUAAUCUACCCUGGCGCUUUCAAAUGGACGUUUUGAGCAUCAUGUCAGUUGCGUAUUUGUAAGACCGCUCACUAAGUAUCUAAGCAAUGAUACUGGCGCUAGGCUCGCCACCGCGACGCCACGCCACGCCAUGUCACUUGUGCGCAGUGGAACACAGACAUUACACUUUUUACACAGCGCCGUGUAUACUUUGAAGACUUAAAAUUGUCAAUAGUACGCUUUAAGGGCUCUCUAAAUAGACGCAGGACGUCAAUUGUUUUUGCAAGACCGCCAAGUACUAACUAUCCAAGCAACGAUACUGGCACCGCGAACACGCCGCGGCUUUUUCCAAGCAUUUUGUCGACCGCGGCGUGCCCGCCGCUCCGCUUGCAAUCCGCUAGUGUGGCAAGGCCCUAAGGGCUUUCAAAUUAGAUGUUUUGAGUAGGUAGGACGUCAGUCGUGCAUUUGUAAGACCGCACACUAAUGGGCCAAGCAAUAUACAGGGUGUUAGGUAAAUGGGUAUAUGAGCCGACACUAGCCCAUGUUAACAUGGGCAUAUAAAUGGUAUGGUGAAGUCAGAAAAUUGAUAUCUUCAUUUUAAUUAUUUUAAUUUUCAUACAAAUCGGAUUUCAUAAAAUAUUUUUUUGUAUGAU